UCCUCUCGCGAGUUUCACCGACUUACUUAGGAGCGCGCUUGGAGAAAAGCGACGUCAGUUCGCAGAGGCGAUUUGCCGAGAACGUAAAAGGAACGCGAGCGCGAACGCGAAAGUUUCAUACCCGAAUGUGACAUACGAGCGGUUCCUCUCUUUCGCAUCGAAAAUGGAAAACGCAUCCGCCGAUCGAUCGCGACGUUUUUCGCGCGGUGAUCGACAGAAAACUCUCAUGAUCUGAGAAUAAAAAAAAGAAGGAAUAAAGCGAGAGGAAGCAGAACAAUAUUCCUGGUUCUCGAAGUUUCUUCAUUCAAAUAUUGCUGACAAAUAAGAGUGACAUGUGAUGGAUUAAAAACACUCUGAUACAAGCUGAGAUAAGCUCGGACUAAUUAAUAAUUAUCUCAAUGUACGACAAGAAGAGAGUAGAGUUUGUCCCAUCGGCUAUUUUUGGGUAAAUUUCGAUAUUAAUUCAACGGAGAUCGGGUAUUAAGUUGGCCUGUAUGAUUCUUGAGGAGGUCCUAGGUUUGUGCAAUAGAAAAAACGUGAUCUUUGUGAUUCUGUGCGCCGCAGUCAUUUACGUGCACCUCAUCGACAAGAACGAGACAAAGUGUCGGAGAGGAUCGCGGUGUCCCGACGACGAGGAGGCAUCGAGGUUCCUGAUCGCAUUGCAACUAUGCGGAAGGCGGUUUCCGUGCUCGCGCUAAUCGCAUUCGCGUGUGACAUCUUGCGCGAUCCCCUGGUCCAUGGCGACCCCGCUGGGAAUCCGGAAGUUGCGGGAAGAAGCGAUGAUUACGAGUAUCAGAAGGAACUGAAUGGACGGUUCGACGAGGCGGAAGUACCGCGAAGAUCCGUGGAGGAUCACGAGCGAAGUCCGAGCGAACCCGUAGGUAGAUGGAGAAAUAACGGCGAGGCUCUCGAGCCAAAGUGGCGAGACGGCGAUUACAUACCCCUUCUGCCAUUCUCCCAUUACCGGUCCUACACAAGGGACGAGGUCGAUGACGCCGAGGACUUCUCCGAAAUGAGUCGUCGACCGUUCAAGUAUCGUUAUUCGAUCGAUCAAUCGAAUCGUCCUCGAGGAAGUCCAGACAGACGAGGCGUUCCUUCUCCAGGCGACUACGAAGAAGCGACGACGUAUCGAGGUCACGAGAAACAACAUUCUUCAUCGAAAAAUCCGCGCGACAGUUUGACGCUUGAUGAGGAAACCAUCGAGAGCAACGAUGGCAAGCGCAGCCGCGACAUCGUCGACGACAGGAAAGUCACCUCGAGAUAUCGCGAGGCCUUCCAGGCUCGACCCGACGAGUACGAAUUCGAUGACGAGGAAUACACGAAGCCUCGGCCAAGGAAAAGGAGACCGCCGCAGAAUUACGAGUUCGCUCUGGCGAACGAAGCAUCUUCCAGUGAGGAAAACGAAGAAUCGAGGGAGUCUUCUCGACUUCCGUCGUCGCCAAACGGCAGUGAGAAUCCCCCAGUAAUAACGCGAUCGUUUGACAACGAACGAGAAACUUCGCUCGAGCUGAAAUCACUCUUGAAGAUGCAGCAAGAGGAGGGCUCCAGUCUGUCAGAGAUUCUGCAACGCCGCAAUUUGAGCUUGAGCGAUCUGCUGAAGGGCAAGGCUGACGUGAUCAACGCUCUAAAGUCGAGAAUCGCCGAUGAGUCUGAUGAGUACAUCGAGGAGAUGUCGAGAGUCAUGUCCAAUUCGUUAAUAAAGCUCGCUGCAACAGUAACACCAUCUUGGAGAUCCACGAUUGAAAGUAGCACUAGAAAAAUUACGGCGGCUUCAAAUACCUCAGAUAAUUCCAUAUCCAGGAUAAUGAUCGUCCCGCAUCAAGUUUCAGAGAACUAUGAUGAAUUAUCUUCAAACGACACGAAUCGGGUUAAAGAAGAAUCGAAGGAUGCCGAGGAUAUCGCAACGCAAUUUGUCCGCGAUUCUUUGCGGCGAAGAACGGCUUCGACAACUCCUCCGAUCGUCUCGACGAUGAUUACCACGUCGCCACCGGUUGCGGUGAACUCCAUGGAAUACUUUCUAAACGAUGAUGGCAACGCGGGAUCGACGAGCGAUCGCGUGGCGAAAUUCGAGAAUCUUGACGAGGACGAGAUCAUGGAGUUCUCGGACUUCACAGACUUCAAGAAGGGGAAGAGCCAGGCGAGCGAGAGAAUCUCGCAACCACUUCGCGAUAUCGAGUCCACCUUGAGCAUCGAACAAAUUCUCAAUCCCACGGAGCGCAUCGAGCCCGCGCGAUAUCGCGAGAGCGAUCAAGAGGGCAACACUGAAAGCAAUAAAAAAAUUAUUCAGGAUAACAGUCAAUCAAUUCCUAUUGGCGAAUCAGCGGAGGAUUACAACAUGUUUAUCGAAGCCGAAUAUCAGAACGAUGCCCCGAUCCCUGAAGAAGAUCAUGGAAAAGAGAAUAAAGUGGAGAGAAAUCCAAGCGCUAGUCAAACUGAUGCUAUCAUGAGCCCAGUUGAAAAGCAACAAACCGCAAAUCUAGAUGAUGAUAUAAAGAAACUGUACGAUAAGAAUGACUCCGAGCAUCAUCAGAUGACCCGAUUGCCAAUGGAAAAGACUCGCAAUGAAAGUGAUCACACGAGUCUAAAGAAUCAUCAAGGUGUAGGCAACAGACACUAUGAGGAAGUCGUUUCCGAGGUCGAGCCGGAGGCACGAGCAGAGAUUUUCGAGCUAUUCGCGUCUGGCUCAGCCGGCAAACGAUUGGAGCGGCUUUUAAAAUCGAGAAACAUGAGCGUGGAAGAGUUGAUAGCACUACGUCAAAGAGGAUCCAGCAAGGUACACUUGACAGAAGUGUCACGAUUGAGAAUAACUAAACCGCAGAACAAUCUUCAGACCUUGGAAACCUCCAAUACAAAUAAUGAAAAGAUUAUCAUGCAGCUCUCACCUGGCGAUUCCAAUAGACGUGUCAGUGAAGAUAAGAUCUCCGGAAAGGAAGGCGCGAAGCAAGAGGAAGCGGAAGAGUUGAUGACUCAAGUCAUUAAGCAAGAUACAAGCUAUCCGUUUUUCAACAAGAAUGUGGAGAACAUGUCGAGGUUGCUGGAUUACAUCGAGCGUGACAAGAACGCAUCGAAGGGAACGUUUCCUGAAAAUGAUACAUUAGAUGAACAUGACGAAUUGCAGAAUUCCCGUCGAACGGAAGAAAUCGUCGAUUUAUUCACGACAUUCAAUUCUCUUCCUUUCGUAAAGGACGUGCAGCGACAGUUUGGUACAGUGGAACUUGAUACCAACAAAUUUAAAAAUAAACUUCCGAUAAACAACGAUAACGCGAGCGUAGUGUUAGUCGACGAAGAAACGACGGUCGUUGGAGCAGAUAACUCUUCUAGCCAAUUCCAUUCCGGAUACGUGAAAGAAGUCGUGCGGGAAAAAUCGAACGUCAUCGAUAUAAAAACGAUUUACGGAGAAGGGAUGAACGACGGGGAAGAGAGAAAGACCCUGUCACAGAUGAAGCCAAGCAUAAUAGCGAGUGGCGCGAUAUUGGGCGUGACGAUCGUCGUGUUCCUGGCAAUCUUCAUCACUUGCCGGAUUCGGCAGAAGCAGAAAUACACGUACAGAAACACAUUCUCCCGCGCGGUAUUCCAGAACCCGGUUAUGGUGGCGAGAAAGCUGUCGAAUUCCAGCAGCUUGAGCACCGUGAUGGUAAAUGUCGUCGCGACGUCGACGACCAAGAGGCCCGAGAGAACGGAAAUGCAGGAGACCGUAGAGGAGUUUGAUGGCAAAAGUGAUAUGGACAACGAUUCCUUGGACGGGAACGACAGCUGGGAGACGAUACCUGAUUACGUGAAAUAAUUCGUUACCGGCACAAUCGAUCAGUCUAUCAGUUUGAUGCAGAAACAUUUUUGUCGCGUUUAUCAAAUAAUAUUAAAAACGAUAUCCACUUUUAAAUGUAAUUUUUUUAUUUUGUAAUAAUUUUUAUUUUAAACGAUGUAAUAUUAUCAUCAUUGAAAUUCUCAAUACAUGUUCCAUAUUUGUUAUUAAAUAUUUUUCAAUUUUUUUUAAUACUUAUAUUUAAUGAAAUAAGAUUUAACAAAAAGGUGUCAACAAAAUCUCUUUGCAUCAAUCUAAUAGAAAACCACCAGUAUUUUCGCUUAUCAAGAAUAAUACCAUAAAGGCUGAUUGAAUAUCCUUAGCGAGCACUUUGAAGCACCAUAUUGAUUAAAUUAGUUGUGAUAUUUUAUCGACAAAGGAUUAAAAUAGUUCCAUAAAUGUAUAUAUUUUUCUAAAUUAGCUUAAAUUGGCCAGUAAAAAGUUAUGGAACAAAAUUGUAAUUAAAAUAUGUAAUUAAAUUGUCUAAAUAAUAUUUAUCAUCAUGGUGCAAAUGAUUCAUUGCAAAUAAUCGAGCUAAAUCUAAUGUGACUUU